UGGAAGUGACCUCACUCCCGGGAAGCUCCGGGAUCCACUCAGCGCUGGGGCACUGGCGGCCAGUGCGGCCGCGCCUUGCGAGCAGCCAAUGGCAGCGGCGGCGCCGUUUGUUGUCGCCCCGUGAGGCGGCUGCGCUCUGGGCUCGGUGCCGCCGCCGCCGCCGCCGCAGGAGGGACGCGGGAGGCCCCAGGCCCCGGUAGCCGCUCGCCUCUCGCCGGCCCCGCAGCCCCGCGGAGGGCGGGGAGAUGCAGCCCCCGGGCGCUCAGCAGCCGCCGCUCUACGCGCCCAGCAGCGGGGACUUCACCUUCGUCUCCUCGGCGGACGCCGAAGAUCUUAGUGGCUCCAUAACAACUCCAGAUGUUAAGCUGAAUCUUGGAGGAGAAUUCAUCAAAGAAUCUACUGCAACUACAUUCCUAAGACAGAGAGGAUAUGGCUGGCUUCUGGAAGUGGAAGAUGAUGACCCAGAAGAUAACAAGCCACUCUUGGAAGAACUCGACAUUGAUCUGAAGGAUAUUUACUACAAAAUUCGAUGUGUGUUGAUGCCUAUGCCAUCUCUUGGGUUCAAUAGGCAGGUAGUGAGAGACAAUCCAGACUUUUGGGGUCCUCUGGCAGUUGUCCUCUUCUUCUCAAUGAUUUCAUUAUAUGGACAAUUUAAGGUUGUUUCUUGGAUCAUAACUAUUUGGAUAUUUGGAUCCUUGACAAUUUUUUUACUGGCCAGAGUUCUUGGAGGAGAAGUUGCUUAUGGCCAAGUGUUGGGUGUAAUAGGAUAUUCCCUGCUUCCCCUCAUUGUCAUAGCACCUGUACUUUUGGUGGUUGGAUCAUUUGAAGUUGUUUCUACACUAAUAAAAUUGUUUGGAGUCUUCUGGGCUGCCUACAGUGCUGCAUCAUUACUAGUUGGAGAAGAAUUCAAGACCAAGAAACCCCUUCUAAUUUAUCCAAUCUUUUUAUUAUACAUUUAUUUUCUGUCCUUGUAUACUGGGGUGUGAUCUAGUGUAAGAUGUGGCCAGAAACCUUAUUUCAGUCACUUGCAGACUGAUAACGUGUGGGAUUAAGAAGGCUGGAGAUAACACAAGUGACUGUUUUGUAUGCAGUUGUCGAGAUGUUUUAAGAUGGAAGAGCAUAUUUGUGUAUAUUAUUUAAUGAAGCAAUUGUAGCUAUAUAGAUUUGUAUCAAAGUUCUAGGUUUGUUUAAGACUCUUCAGAUUUUAAUGAACAAAAUAAAAGAACCUUGUGUUUUAUAACAAAGCGUAGCAAAACUGCAACUCAAUACCUGUGCCAAAAGCACUGGGACCAGAUUACUAUAUUCAAGAAUUAAAAAUGAGAAGUUAACUGUUAACAAUCUCAAAGUGCAAUUUUUCCUUUAAGCUUAAACACAGCUGGCUUUUUUUGGCACAGCAAAUUCUGUAGAUAAUAUAUAUUUAUGAAACAGUCCUGAUUGUUCACAGAAUAGUCUGUAUAAUCAAGACAAAAAGAUACUACUUUUAAUUUAGUGCCUCAAUUGCUGUGAUUUGGCUGUUGAGUUUUUAUAAAUUCCAAUUUGUUUUCAAAACAUGUAUAUACUGUGUAUUUUGUAUCUAUGGCUUGUGUGUACCGUAAAUACUCCUUGGUUAAGGAUGUAUAUUGGGUUUUUAAAAAUUGAAGAUACAAGUAUUUGAAGUUUUCAUUUACUAUCUCUGACCAAAGGAGCAAGAUACUUACCGUGUGACAUAAUUAAUUAAAGUGCAUAUUUAGAGAAUCAAAUUAUUUUACUUAAAAGUAUAAAUUUACAGAGAAAUGGGUGACCACCUUUCUCAACUCUAGUGCUGGCCUAAUGUUGGAGAGAAAAAAGAUGAUCUAUCAAAUUUGUGUGAUCUUUAAACAAUGUUAUUUUAUGAUGACAAAAUAAAAAUAUUGCUUCCCUAACUAUGUUUUACAACAUCUUGCUCUGUUUUGCUUUUAAUAGCAUGGUAUUUAACAUGCUUUUUUUUUUUUUUUGCCAAUACUGUUAAUCCCCUGUAAAGAGAAAUAAGAAAGAUUUGUAAUGCCAGAUUCUCCCUCCACUAAACAAGGCAGAGUUACAGCCUUAGUAACAGUUAGAGUCUUGCUAAUUUUGACUCUCCAAGGAUUAUGUAAUAAUGUGAUGACAUGUUAAAUAUUUCCUGUGUACUGUGUUGAUUGCUUAUGUAAUGGUCCUUAUGGUAAUAUUUCUUCACAAGGGAAGUCCACUGAAGUUCACUUUGUAUGGUACUAACAUAGGCAUUUGCAAUCUUCAGGAUUUAGAAUCAACAAAUAGCUCUGAAGGUUUGGGGUUUUUUUUCUGGCAACAGAAAAAAAGCAUUUCCCAUUCUUCCCUCUCCAUCCUUUUUUUUAAUGCUACAAAUAAAAAUCAGCCAUGACAAGGUCAUAGCAAGGGCUGUCUUGGAUCCCUGAUGGGCAUAUUUCCAUAUCAGAACUGUAAUUUUUAAGCUUUUUAGACUGUGUAACUAGCCAGGUUGGUAAUUUAUUUUUACCAGUCAUUACUGAUGCAAAAUACGUAAUUAAAUUCCAGCUCUCCCACAAACCUUUAGCUUACUCAGUCUGCUUUCCUGGCUGAUUCUUGUGUUAUUUUCAAACAGAACCGCUUGAAGUUACUGCUGGACAUAAAUUGUAGUGUAAUACUUGGGCUUGUAAUAUAUAAAAAGAGAAAAAUUGGUAGAGUGAUUGACUUUUCAUCUGAUUUUUUAUUUCUAAAUAAGUUGUGGUUGAAUUAAUGCAAACUUGUACUAAAUCAAUUUAUACCAGCAGCAGCUAAAUUCUUACCUACAAGUGUUUUGAGACAUUCUUAAAGAGACAUACCACAUUCUUAAAAAAAAAAAAAAAGGAAGUUCCAGUGUAUUUAAAAAAAAGCAUAAUAGCUUUGGAAUCUUGCAUGAUAAUCUGGUUUUACCUCCUUUUUCAUGACUUACAUUUCUUUUUUUAACAGGAAUAUCCAACUGUUAUUGUAAGAGUGCACCCAGCUCCUGUGAAUGCAUUUAACUUCUGUCCCCACAAAGGUGAAGGGCAAGAACACAUUUAGGUUUCUAGGCUGUCAGACAGCUUUAAGCUUAGUUCCUCUUUGCAUAGUGGUCAUGAGGUGUGCUGUGCAGCUGAACUGACUAUGAAUAUUGAAAGGAUGCAAGAAUGUUCUAUUGAAUCUCCAAAUACCUGCCUUUCCAGUAAUGCUCUGUGAAAUUUAUGGUUGGAAUUUUAACUGUUCCCUUCCACAGACUUGGCACAUGUGUAAUAUGCAAUGUAGAUAAUGCACUUAACAUAGUACAUAUUUUGUACCCAAUUGCAGAUUUGCACCUUUUAAACUUAGUAUUUUUAGGGUCACUUUUUGCAUAUAUUGUGCAAGAAGCAUACAAACAGCUCUCAAAUUAUUCUGAUAGUUUGUAAUAACUGCAUUCAACAAACUCAUAUUUUUAGAUGAGGUAUGUGUGUAAAUACAAGAUGUAUUUUAUAAAAAUUUUGAAUUAAACUUG